ACGUACCUAUAUAGAAAACGCCCCUUCACUAUUGAGGGAUAGGCUCGUGAAUAUAAACGCUAAACAAAGAAUAUCGACACGAGGAAGAAAUACUUUUUUCAAUCGGUGAAUGCUUUUAGUCAUUAAACAUAAUAAUUUCCCGUUUCCUUUGUGGAAGUAACAAAAUUGAAGACACAACAUAAUGGCUGGAAGUAUCAAGCAAGAGGAUGUUUGCUAUGUGGUUGCAAAAUACGAUUAUGAGGCGCAGGGUGCCCAGGAGUUAGAUUUGAGGAAAAACGAUCGUUAUCUGCUGUUGGACGACAGUAAGCACUGGUGGAGAGUACAGAAUACACGUAAUCAGUCGGGUUACGUACCGAGCAACUACGUUAAGAAGGAGAAAAAAUCCGUCUCAUUGUUCGAUAGCUUUAAGAAGAAGGUUAAAAAGGGUUCCGGCAGCAAAACGCUACCCAAUUGCUCACCUUCUAGGCAGGUCGAUAGUCCCACAAUGAGUCGACGGUUACCACCGGAUCCUUCGGAUGCCAUUGCUUCCACCCCGAUAGGAACUGCUAUAGUCAAAUACAAUUAUCAGGCGCAACAACAAGAUGAACUGUCGCUGACCAAGGGUACGCGGAUAUUGAUACUGGAGAAAUCAAACGACGGUUGGUGGCGUGGCCAGAGUGGCUCAGCGACUGGAUGGUUUCCCAGCAACUACACAACGGAGGAAAACGAAGACGAUACGCUGCACACGUACGCAAUGGCGGAAAAUGUGCUCGACAUUGUUGUGGCUCUAUACUCAUUCAAUUCGAACAACGAUACGGAGCUGUCUUUUGAAAAGGGUGAUCGGUUGGAAAUUCUUGAUCGACCAGCGGCUGAUCCAGAAUGGUACAAAGCCCGAAAUAAUAAUGGUCAGGUUGGAUUAGUACCGCGUAACUAUUUACAAGAACUGUCGGAAUAUUUGGCUCAACCGUUUCGGAGCAAUGGUAGUGGUCCGGAUUCACUUGAUCGACGACCUAACGAUGCGCAAUCGAACAACAACAACUCCAACACGAACAACAGUAACAACAAUAAUUCCCAGCAACCUGAGAGACCCCAUCUGACCGGGAAAAGCUGGUACUACGGUGCUAUUACACGAAGUCAAUGUGAUACGGUGCUAAACUCUCACGGACACGAUGGAGAUUAUUUGAUUCGCGAUAGUGAAACAAAUCUGGGUGACUAUUCUGUAUCGUUGAAGGCCCCUGGUCGCAAUAAGCAUUUCCGUGUGCACGUCGAAGGUAAUAUGUACUGCAUCGGACAACGUAAAUUUCACACACUGGAUCAACUAGUGGACCAUUACCAAAGAGCUCCCAUUUACACCAACAAGCAAGGCGAGAAGCUGUACCUUGUACGACCGUUGCCGAAAGCGAAUGGUACCUAAGCUCUCGAUAUAGUUGAAUGCAUAAGUCACCUGAUAUUAGCAGGUCGCAGCGACGGAAAAUCGUACUCAUGGUUAACAAACAUGUUGACUAAUUUGACUCAUAGCAUUAAAAAAUGGUACGGCAAAGCGUCGAAAAGCAGAACGAAGUGCUGGUUAGAUAAUGUGGGAAUUUCAAUCGAUUGCUGGGACUAGUUCGUGACAUCGUGGUUUGCCGGUUUGCUUUAGGAUGCAAAGUUAAUUGUUUUAUUUUAUGCUGUGUAUGAAUCUUCUACUUCAUUGAUUUUAGAUGUCGAUUUUUAAAUGUCCUACUGAAUUUUAGUUUUGGUUUGUUUAUGAAUUUUAAUAUCUCCUUGUACUAGACAUGCAUUCAAGACAAGUGUACUUGGGGAGAAAUACGAGUAAAUGAUUAGUUGUGUAUAUGAUAUUUUCUUUAAACCUUUAUGUAUAUUUUUAUUUUUAAACAUCCAAUCUAUUGGCCACUGAGAUCAUUAGGAAUGACCUCUUGGGAUUAAAAUCGUAAGAAUAUGAUACAGCAAAGGUAACACAAAUUGGCGUAUUGAAAGCUCUUCGAAAUGCAAACUCGAUGUAAUGAAUAAUGAUAAUUAUAAAAGUAGUAAUUUAUUUCGAAGCCACUAAGCUUUAGCAAAGGCAGUAGUCGUUUUUAAGUCACUAUAAAAUUGGCUGGGAACUCAAGGUGGGGUAAAACAGUUUUAACCAGGAAUUUAUUCAGCGUUUUUACUACGAUUGAAACUUUUUUUUUUUACAAAUAGAGCUCCACGGUAUUGGUUCUAUAGCAAUCAGUAGAUACUAAAUUGUGCAUCCGCUUAGAAUAACUUUUUCUUCAACAUAGACGAAUGAUCGCUGAACGAAGUUUCCGCAUCUCUGGUUGUAGAUACGCCUAUGCUUA